UCUCUCGAUCUCCAUCCCAUUUCCAUGGCAGCUACUUCUUCCAUCGCCACCUUGUCCCGCAUUUCCCUUCUCAAACACACCUCGAGACUCGCUUUUUCCGCUCCAAUUCCAUCUUCUUCCUCCCAGACCCUCGCCACUAGACCAAAGCGAUUGAAUCGGUUUCGGUUGUUUUCCAUGGCGGGGUCGGAGCCCAAAGAAUGUCCCUCCAACAACCCAGGACUCCACGCGAGCCCCGAUGAGGCCACCAAGGGUUACAUCAUGCAGCAAACCAUGUUUCGAAUUAAGGACCCUAAAGUCAGCCUCGACUUCUAUUCUCGCGUUUUGGGCAUGUCGUUACUCAAGAGGUUCGACUUCCCAGAUAUGAAGUUCAGUUUGUAUUUUAUGGGCUAUGAGGAUCCCAAAUCAGCUCCCAGUAAUGCGGUGGAUAGAACCGUUUGGACUUUUAGUCAGAAGGCUACAAUUGAGCUAACACAGUUAAUAAUUGCCAUUUCAAUAAUGAAGCGAGAGUCUGGAUGUAUACAUGAGGCCUCAUUAUUUCUUCUGUCAAGUAAUUUUUUUUAUCUGAAAAUCACUUGCAGUAAUUGGGGCACUGAAAACGAUCCUGACUUCAAGUACCACAAUGGGAAUUCAGAACCCCGUGGCUUUGGACACAUCGGCAUCACAGUUGAUGAUACAUACAAGGCCUGUGAGAGGUUUGAAACACUGGGAGUCGAGUUUGUGAAGAAGCCAGAUGAUGGGAAAAUGAAAGGGAUAGCAUUCAUCAAGGAUCCUGAUGGCUAUUGGAUUGAAAUCUUUGACCUUAAAAUUAUGGGUACUGUAGGGACAGCUGCCUGAUUUUAACUUUGCUAGAAGUUGGAGCCUUUCAUGCAUCUAAAGUAAUUGUUAGGAUGUACCAUUGUUCAGACUUCAAAGUAAGGAUGACAAAUAUGGAGUCCUUCUGAAGAGUUGAAGCAGCAAUUUUGAGUGUAUUGUUUCCUUGCAGAUUAUCGCUCACCAUCAGUAGACACCGGAGCCAUAGAGAUCAGGAGGAUGUUCAAUAGCAAUACUUUGAAAUUAGGCUUUGUGAGGUCUUUUGCCUGUUCUGGAGACUAGUUUUAAAAAUAAGAUCAUGUGCUCAAGUUUUAUCUGGUUGGUAAUACUUCUAUGCGUGGAAUAAUUUAUCGGCCUCUAUAGGUGUCUUUGCUGUUAUUAGUCCCAUUCCAUGGCUUGAGCGGAAAUAACGUUGUCGAAGUUUGCAUGUUGGUUCUUUUGCAUCUGGAUACAAAAUGUAAUAUCCAUACUUCUAGUCCAUGGCCGGGAUAAUUGUGAAGAUAACAGUACCAUUGCCAUUUGAUGAA